AUGCUCUGCCGCUCGCUCCUCCGCCGGGCCCAGGCCGGGCCGCAGCGUCUGUCCUUGCAAUAUCCCCUACAACAUCUCUUGGAUUGCUAUCAGUGUAGUCAGCAAGAUGACCACCUUUCUUAUGGAGAGAUGGGAAUGCCAGUUCCUCCUUUUGGUUGCACCUUUUCUACAGCUUCAGAUUUGCAGCAUGUACUUGCAGUCGCAAAUGAAGAAGGCUUUGUUAGACUUUAUGAUACUGAAACCCAAAACAGUGGCAAGCAGAUCUUUAGAGAGUGGCUGGCUCACUCAAAUGCUGUCUUCGACCUUGCCUGGGUGCCUGGGGAACACAGGAUUGUUACAGCUUCAGGAGACCAGACAGCCAAGGUGUGGGACGUGAGGGCUGGUGAGCUGCUUGGCAUAUGUAAAGGUCAUCAGUGCAGCCUCAAGUCAGUUGCUUUCUCUAAAUUUGAGAAAGCUGUCUUCUGUACUGGAGGCAGAGAUGGAAACGUCAUGCUCUGGGACACCAGAUGCAACAAAAAAGAUGGAUUUUACAGGCAGGUGAAUCAAAUUGGAGGAGCCCACAACAUAGUAGACAAGCAGAUACUCUCCAAACCAAAGAAGAAAAAGCAGAAUCUCAGAGGACUUGCCCCUUCAGUGGAUUUCCAGCAGAGUGUGACAGUGGUGCUACUUCAAGAUGAACACACCCUUAUCUCUGCAGGAGCUGUCGAUGGUGUAAUCAAAGUAUGGGACUUGCGCAAGAACUACACCAUGUAUCGGCAGGAUCCGGUGCCGUUCAAGUCAUUCUGCUACCCUGGGAUCAGCACUCGCAAACUGGGAUAUUCUAGUCUGGUUCUGGACUCCACUGGUACCAGUCUGUUUGCUAACUGCACAGAUGACAAUAUUUACAUGUUCAAUACGACAAGUUUAAAGACCACUCCAGUGGCAGUCUUCAAUGGACACCAGAAUUCCACCUUUUAUGUCAAGUCUAGCACUAGCCCAGAUGACCAGUUCCUGGUUAGCGGCUCAAGCGACCAGAGUGCCUACAUCUGGAAGAUUUCUGAGCCCCAUCUUCCUCCCAUGAUGCUCCUUGGUCACUCUCAAGAGGUUACCUCCGUUGCCUGGUGUCCUUCAGACUUCACUAAGAUCGCCACAUGUUCUGAUGACAACACUGUGAGGAUUUGGCGCUUACGGCGUGACCGUGAUAAGGAGAGACUGACAUCAGGCAAAGUCAACUUGGUAGGCUGGGUCUGUCAGAAGAAACCAGAAGAGCAAAAUGGAAUAGUACUACCAGUCAGCACGCAGAGAACUCCUGCAAAAGUCUCCAUGGUGGGUAGCCCAUGCAUUUCCUCACCCCGGCCAGCAGCUUGUGCUCCCAGCUAUGCUGGGGACCUUCCUCUUUCUACCAACACUCCAACAUUCUCUCUCAAAAACCCAACAGUCGAGGCCCACACUCCAGCGAAGCAAAGCAAAGCCAUAUCAGGCACUUCUCCCAAACCAUCAUCUUCCACCAAGAUGUCCAUUAAACACUGGGUUACCAGGACUCCAUACUCCUCUCCACCAGGGAUGGGAACAAAGACGCCUUCUCCAAGAAAAGCCCUGGCAGAGGUCACACAGGGUCUUCCAGAGGCAGUUGGCACCCCCGUAGCACCACACUCACGGUUUGAGAAGCGAGCCAAAAGGAGGCUGGAGUCCAGCAAGGGAGAUCACAUGGGGCAGAAGUGUCUGAAAGGCUGCAGUUGUGUGACUGAGCUGGACCCAGUGGCUAAAAAAUCCAAGCGGGAUUUGUGCUUCUUGGCAGCAGGCCAACAGGCCUGUAGUGAAGACUGUCUGAGCCUUGCUGAGUUGAAUAAUGGAACUGAAGGCUGUGGCCAGAGCCCAAAGGAGACAUCCCUUCCUGAAAGCCCUCUUAAUCAGGCAGGCUUCCAGACUCCCCCUCUUCUUUUAAAGAACUCCUGCAGGAAAGGGGCUGAUGUGCUGGACAAAGAGAACAGUUCACCUGGGGAAAAAAACUGGCUGUCUGCAAUGGGAGAGAAGCUGAAGACUAGCAAGGCCAGUAGCCAAAAAGCAUCAGGCAACAGCCCCCCAUCCUCUCGGAGUCCCAGCACAAGACAAGAGGCAGCGACUGCAGCCAGUCCAUCGGGAUCUGUUGCAGUCACUUCAGUUUCCAUGAGGAAGAUCUGCACGUACUUCCAUCGAAAGUCACAGGAUGACUAG